UGGUUAGUGGGGCGCUGGCUGGGGGCUGAGGUUAACAUCUCUUUAGCUCAUCACCUGCCUUCUCUAUAUUUCUCUGCUCUCCCUCUGCAGUGAAGAUGAACACGUCAGCGCCCCAGCCCACUGGUCGCAGCCAGAGCGCCUCCUCCGACAGCGUGUUUGUGUCCCCCAGCACUAAGCGGCAGCAUGUCAGCAGCUCGAACACCCCGGUGCUAGCCAGCUUCCCGGGGAACGACGACGAACAGGAACGGAAGCAGCGCCGACGCUCCAGGGUCAUCGAUCUGCAGCUCAGCAGCACUGAUUCGCCCCUCUCUGUGCAGUCCCCUUCCAGCAGGCCAGCAGAAACCUCCUUGCCUGUGAUCCCGAAACUGACAAACACCCAGAUUUCAGAUCACUACUCCACCUGCAUCAAGCUGUCAACAGAGAACAGAAUCACCACGAAGAAUGCGUUUGGCCUGCAUCUCAUAGACUACAUGGCAGAGAUACUCAAACAGAAGGACUCCGAACUGACCAACUUCAAGAUAGCGGCCGGCACCCUGGAUGCCAGCACAAAGAUCUAUGCGGUGAGAGUGGAUGCUGUCCAUGCAGAUGUAUACAAGGUUCUUGGAGGGUUGGGAAAAGACUCAGCCGCCACAAAGGAUGUGGACAGCCAGGGUGCAGAUGGAGCUGCUGCCGGUACUGAAGCUGCCAAGAAGCUCCAGACAAAGAAGAAGCACUCGUACAAAACAAUCGAACAGAACCUGAAUAACAUAAACGUCUCUGAGGCAGAUCGCAGAAGUGAGGUCGAUCCCAUGUUCCAGAAGACAGCAGCCUCCUUUGAUGAGUGCAGCACAGUUGGCAUCUUUCUCAGCACCCUGCACACCCACAGCUAUCGCUGUGAGCUCCUGUUGGAUUCCAAAGUCACGCCUCUCCCAUCUUCUGAGACAUUGGAGUCCCCGAGCUCUACUCCUGUGAAGGUGGCAGACCUGAAGUCUAUCCUACUGCAGUGCAUCGAACAGCGCCCCAUCUGCCCUACAUUGAGUGGCUUCCAGAUUUCUCACUGGGACAGUGACUCCCAUAAUGAGUCAGUGUCUGCUCUGCUGGAUAGAUUUAAGAAAAGCGACCAAGUCUUUGAUAUCAACGCAGAGGCGGAUUGUGACCCUGAAGACUGUGCUGAUGCCCUAGUGGAGGAUGACUUUGAUGCAGACAUGCCAGAUAGGACGGUAGCAGGGGAUGUUGGGGAGUUCUCAGACAAGCGGGAGGCCUGCAGGAUGGUGCGUGAGAGCAUGAGUAAGGAUGUGAUUCCCCUUGCGGAGGGAGACAUCGGGACCAUGUGCCUCCAUCUCUCUGUGAAACCUGGAGAGUAUUCCUACUUCAGCCCCCGCACCAUGUUGAUGUGGGCCGGCCCAGAGCACUGGCGCUUUAAGCCUCACCAUAAACUGGACAGGGGUGCUGAGAAUGGGGGCAGGAAGAGGAACAUAAAGAAAGUCUUUGAACUCAACUUUGAUGAAGAUAUUGACUUCACGACGCGUUUCCGUAAAACUAGGGCAGCGACAACUCUGGCCAAAUCAACUCUUGACAACCAGAACAAGAAGAGCACCACUCUCCCUGAAGACUUCCACUAUGACCCUGACAAUAUCAUCCGACUCUCCCUCAAACCAGCUAUCAAGCUGUGGAGGAAGGCUCUUCAGAGCAGCUCGUCUGACCAAGAGGAUGAGAUUGGAGAGUAUGAUUAUAACAACCCCAAUGACACCUCCAACUUCUGUCCUGCACUGAAGGCUGCUGAUAGCGAUGAUGACCUCGACCCCAUUGACUUCAUGGGCCAGGGUGGGCCCUUUGAACUGACCGUGAGGGGAACAGAUCAGUUUGAGCUCAGCAGGGCCCUUGGGGUUGACAUCACGACGUAUGGCGAGUCCAAUCUUGUUGCUGAGCCACAGAAGGUGAAUAAGAUAGAAAUUCAUUAUGCAAAGACGGCCAAAAAGAUGGACAUGAAGAGGCUAAAACGGACCAUGUGGGACCUCCUGACUGAUGUGCAGAAGGACCAGGUUGGGGCAGAGAAUGAAGUCGCAGAGAAGGAGAUUGACUCUGUAACGCUAGCAGGCAAGAAGGUCUUCAGUGGCAUCACAAAAGAUCUACUUCACAGACUACCUUCCGUGAUGGCUCAGAACCUCUCUGUGCCACUGGCCUUUGCCUGCCUCUUGCACUUGGCAAAUGAAAAGAAUCUGAUGCUGGAGGGGGUAGAGGACUUGUCUGAUGUCCUUGUGAAGCAAGGAGAUUGACGUGCCACAUGGGCGGAGCAGGGCGCUCUUCAGGAGCUCUUCGUCCCACCAUGAGACUAGCCAUUUGUUUCAGCGAGUGGCAUGACUGCAUCUCUCCCCUGCCAGCGACAUCAGUGGGAUUUCUCAGAACACCUUGUAUGAAUCAUGGACACCUGCCUCUCCAAACCUGGGCUCUUAGGGUCUCUCAGGCAGAUGGAGAUUGCUACUCUUGUGCUUCCAUGGGAACCGGAGCCUUCUUUGAACCAUCAAACUGUCUCCCUUGUCUUUUUAGAUGGGAACAAUGACCCACAGAUUCAUGCUGCUUCUUGCCAUAGCCACUGCUAGAGCAAAGAACUCUCCAGCAUAUCCCCACCUGUCUGUUUUAACACAGCUCUCACUUUCUGUACAUAGGACUGGUUGUAAUUACUGGGUUUUUACCCCCUUAACUAUAUUGUCUCUUCGCUUUACACAUUAUUAGGAUCUCUCUGAAAUGAUUUUACCCUAUUUUGUACAGAGCUUUUUUUAAAAAAAAAAAAAUAAACUGCAAUAUUGGUUCA